AUGGACUCUAUUGGGGAAGUUGAUGAUAUGAUUGAAGAGGAACAAAACGAAAAAAAAAACCAAGGAAGGUCAGAGAAUGUUCAAAAAUUAACAUCAAAGCAGGCACGAAACACUGCAGAAGUUCACCAACCUGCAAGAAGUGAAGUACGUCUUCCAGAAAAGGAACAUCUAUCAACGACUACUAAGUCAACAACACCAGACAAGGAGCAGCAUCCAAAAAUACCAGUAAAUAAUGAAACUUCUCUCGACAGAAACCAACGUCACGUAUUUCCUAAACCUCCAAGAGUCUACCAACAGUGUCGUUACCUUUCAGCUUUUCUCGACAGAAAUCAACGUCAUGUAUGCCCUAAACCUCCAAGAGUCUACCAACAGUGUCGUUACCUUUCAGCUUUUCUCGACAGAAAUCAACGUCACGUAUGCCCUAAACCUCCAAGAGUCUACCAACAGUGUCGUUACCUUUCAGCUUUUCUCAACAGAAAUCAACGUCACGUAUGCCCUAAACCUCCAAGUGUCUACCAACAGUGUCGUUACCUUUCAGCUUCUCUCGACAGAAAUCAACGUCAUGUAUGCCCUAAACCUACAAGAGUCUACCAACAGUGUCGUCACCUUUCAGCUUCUCUCGACAGAAAUCAACGUCAUGUAUGCCCUAAACCUCCAAGAGUCUACCAACAGUGUCGUUACCUUUCAGCUUCUCUCGACAGAAAUCAACGUCACGUAUGCUUUAAACCUCCAAGAGUCUACCAACAGUGUCGUUACCUUUCAGCUUCUCUCGACAGAAAUCAACGUCACGUAUGCUUUAAACCUCCAAGAGUCUACCAACAGUGUCGUUACCCUUCAGCUUCUCUCGACAGAAAUCAACGUCACGUAUGCCCUAAACCUCCAAAUGUCUACCAACAGUGUCGUUACCUUUCAGCUUCUCUCGACAGAAAUCAACGUCAUGUAUGCCCUAAACCUCCAAGAGUCUACCAACAGUGUCGUUACCUCUCAGCUUCUCUCGACAGAAAUCAACGUCAUGUAUGCGCCAAACCUCCAAGUGUCUACCAACAGUGUCGUUACUUUUCAGCUUCUCUCGACAGAAAUCAACGUCAUGUAUGCCCUAAACCUCCAAGAGUCUACCAACAGUGUCGUUACCGUUCAGCUUCUCUCGACAGAAAUCAACGUAAUGUAUGUCCUAAACCUCCAAGAGUCUACCAACAGUGUCGUUACCUUUCAGCUUCUCUCGACAGAAAUCAACGUCACGUAUGUCCUAAACCUCCAAGAGUCUACCAACAGUGUCGUUACCUUUCAGCUUCUCUCGACAGAAAUCAACGUCACAUAUGCCCUAAACCUCCAAGAGUCUACCAACAGUGUCCUUACCUUUCAGCUUCUCUCGACAGAAAUCAAUCAUGUAUGCCCUACACCUCCAAGUGUCUACCAACAGUGUCGUUACCUUUCAGCUUCUCUCGACAGAAAUCAACAGCAUGUAUGCCCUGA